UAAAGAUCAUAAAUGAUUAAAAUGACUUUGUUGAUAAUGAUAACGAAAAAGUAUAUAUGGAUGAUUUAAAGUAAAAUCGUAAUAGUUUCAGAUCGAAGAAACAUAAAAAGAUAAUAUGAAAUUCCUUCUGUUGACUGCUGCCCUAGUGGCCGUUGCUGCUGCGGCCCCCAAUCGGAUGUUCGACCCCACUCAGGUCCCUAACCCUGGAAAUCCCAUAAUUCCGAACCCUAUCGCCAUCCAACCUAUUCCCGGAAGCCCCAUAAUUCCUGACCCUAUCGCCAUCCUACCUGUUCCCGGAAGUCCUGUUAUUCCUGACCCCAUCGCCAUCCAACCUAUUCCCGGAAGCCCCAUUAUUCCUGACCCUAUCGCCAUCCAACCUAUUCCCGGAAGCCCCAUAAUUCCUGACCCCAUCGCCAUCCAACCCAUUCCAGAAACUCCCAUCGUUCCUAGCCCUAUCAUCAUCCACCCUAUUCCCGGAAGCCCCAUAAUUCCUGACCCCAUCGCCAUCCAACCCAUUCCAGAAACCCCCAUCGUUCCUAGCCCCGUCGUCAUUCAGCCCGUUCCCGAAAAUCCUGCGCCUGUCAAUCCUCCUUCAUCUUCCGCCCUAGUUCAGAUUAUCCUAAACAUCCAGAAGUAAAUUGAAACAAUCAUCGAAGAUCUAAUGCCCAAAUAUCAUUAUAGUCACACAACAAAUUAUAUUUUUGAAAUCAAAUGAAUAACCAUCCAUUGCUGUUAGAAGAGGAUGAAGUUUUGGAAUUAAAUGAUAAUGAAGGACUGAAAUAUUCCUGUUUUAAUGGUCAUAUUUGUUUUGUCGUUAAUAAGUGCUGUGAUUAAUUUAUACUUUAAACGACAAAAUUUGCUGAUGAAGAUAAAAUGCUGACUGUUGAAACAGUUUUUUAUUUGUGGAAAGUGAAGCCAAUUCCGGGAAUAUAUUAACUUCUUGGGGAGGAAAUCGAUAUCGAAUCGUUAGCCGAGAAGCUGUUUUAAAAUGCCUUAGAUAAAUUUGUUGCCUCCCGUCCAGCAGACUUUUUCAAAAAGGGCAUCAAUAAGCUACCACUACGUUGACGAAAAUGCAGUGAUUGGAUGGGUAAAUACUG